GCCUGUGAGCCCGCGAGCCAGCGAGCUGCGGCCGCGGCCUCCACAGCUCGCGGUGACCCCGGCGUCCCGGUCCGCGGCCCCGCAUAUCCCGGGGCCCGCGCCCCCCCGGGGCAGGGAUGCAUCAUGGCCACGCUGGCUUGCCGGGUGCAGUUCUUGGACGAUACGGACCCUUUCAACAGCACCAACUUCCCCGAGCCCAGCCGGCCGCCGCUGUUCACGUUCCGCGAGGACCUCGCGCUCGGUACCCAGCUGGCCGGGGUCCACCGGCUGCUGCGGGCGCCACACAAGCUAGAUGACUGCACGCUGCAGCUCUCCCACAACGGCACCUACCUGGACUUGGAGGCCACCCUGGCCGAGCAACGGGACGAGUUAGAAGGCUUCCAGGAUGACACUGGGCGGGGCAAGAAGCACAGCAUCAUCCUAAGGACACAGCUGUCCGUGAGGGUCCACGCCUGCAUCGAAAAACUGUACAACUCCGGUGGACGAGAUUUAAGAAGGGCCCUUUUCUCCCUGAAGCAGAUAUUUCAGGAUGACAAGGACUUGGUGCAUGAAUUUGUAGUGGCUGAAGGUCUGACGUGUUUGAUCAAGGUGGGAGCUGAGGCAGAUCAGAACUAUCAGAACUACAUUCUGAGGGCUUUGGGCCAGAUUAUGUUGUAUGUGGAUGGGAUGAAUGGAGUAAUAAACCACAAUGAAACCAUUCAGUGGCUGUACACGCUCAUUGGGUCAAAGUUCCGCCUGGUGGUGAAGACGGCCCUGAAGCUGCUGCUGGUGUUUGUGGAGUACUCGGAGUCCAAUGCACCUCUUCUGAUUCAGGCCGUCUCUGCUGUCGACACAAAAAGGGGAGUCAAACCUUGGUCAAAUAUCAUGGAAAUCCUGGAGGAAAAGGAUGGGGUCGACACGGAGUUGCUGGUUUAUGCAAUGACUUUAGUGAACAAGACCUUGUCAGGAUUGCCAGACCAAGACACCUUCUACGAUGUGGUGGACUGCCUGGAGGAGCUGGGCAUUGCAGCUGUGUCCCAGCGGCACUUGACCAAGAAAGGGACUGACCUGGACUUAGUGGAGCAGUUGAACAUCUAUGAGGUGGCACUCAGGCUCGAGGAUGGCGACGAGACGGCUGAACCACCCCCCAGCGGGUGCCGGGACCGGAGGAGGGCCAGUGUGUGUUCCGGCACGGGCAGCGAGCACCAGGGCCUGGACCGCAGGCGGAGCCGCAGGCACUCGGUGCAGAACAUCAAGAGUCCUCUGUCGCCUCCGUCCAGCCCCUGCUCCCCGUCGGUUCCCGACUUCAAGACCAGUCAAGUGCGAGAUCUCCGUGAAAAGGUUGAGGCCAGCCCUGCCUCAGAGCAGGUCCCCGCCGGAAAGGAUGCUGCUCGCGAGAGUCCAGCCCUCCCCGCGGCCUCCAGUGCCUCCUCCCCAGGAAAGCAGCUCCCGGCCGGCAGUGCGGCGGGGACCCCCUUGCGCAGAGGGUCCUCAGGGCCUGCCCUGCGGGCGCCCUCCACGCCCUCCCCGGCUUCUCAGCCCUUCCGCGCCGCACCCGGCCCCCCGCAGGCGUCACCAACCGUAGAAAAGCUGCCCUAUGUGCUUCACAGCCCCUUCCACCUUUUCUCCUAUGACUUUGAGGACUCGCCCUUGUCCACCAAGGAGAAGGAAGCCGAAUCCCAGCAGGAAAGCAGUUCCUCCGAUUCUCUCCAUCCGAGCACGUAUUCUGCCUCCGAGCCUUACAACUUCCGGUCUUUCUCUUCCAAUAGAUACAGCAACUUUGGCAACAACUCUCAUCACUCCUCGAGGCCUUCGUCUGGAUCCAAUGUGCCCAUCACCCUCACGUCACCUCUUUCACCUCAACAGGAGCCCGGGCUGGAAAGGUCAUCACUGAAUGGUCUUCUCACGUCAUCCUUUAGGCAGCACCAAGAGUCCUUGGCGGCAGAGAGAGAGAGGCGGCGACAGGAGAGAGAAGAAAGGUUGCAGAGAAUAGAACGGGAGGAAAGAAACAAAUUCAGCCGAGAAUAUUUAGACAAAAGAGAAGAGCAAAGACAAGCAAGAGAAGAAAGAUACAAAUACUUGGAGCAGUUGGCAGCUGAGGCGCAUGAGAAGGAACUGAGAAGCCGAAGUGUGAGCCGGGGCAGAGCUGACCUCUCCUUGGACCUGACCUCACCGGCAGCCCCUGCCUCACCCACCCGCCUGAGCCGUUGCCCUUCAUCUCUAGACUCGCAAGAGGCUCUCACGGUAUCAUCUUCCUCCCCAGGAACAGCUCAGCAUCCCCAAGCGAGCACCGGGGAUCCUGAGCCCGAACCAGAGGCAGAAGCAGAGGCAGAGGCAGAGGCGGGACGGGUGGCCGAUGAGGCCAGCCGGGAACUAGCCCCUGCCCACGUGGGAGCAGAGAGCGAGGUGGAGCGGGCCCUGGAGCCAGAGGCUGAAGAGCGAACCUCCCUGAGCGAGAAGGAGCAACAGAAUGAGGCAGUGAACGAGCGGGACAACUGCUCGGCCUCCAGCGUCUCGUCCUCCAGCAGCACGUUGGAGAGGGAGGACAAGGAGGACAAGCUCUCUCGGGACAGGGGGACCGGUUUGUGGUCUGCGGGUGUUCAGGAUGCCGGUGUAAAUGAGCAGUGUGGCGACAUCCUUACCAGCAAACGGUUCAUGCUGGACAUGCUGUAUGCCCAUAACAGAAAGCCCACGGAUGAUGAGAAGGGGGAGGGCGAGACCACGAGGACCGCGCAGGGGGCGGAGGCCGUAGCCAGCCUGGCCAGCCGGAUAUCCACCUUGCAGGCCAACUCUCUGGCCCAGGAUGAGAGCGUCAGGAGGGUGGACGUUGGCUGUCUGGACAAUCGGGGCAGCGUGAAAGCCUUUGCUGAGAAAUUCAACAGCGGGGACCUAGGGAGAGGGUCCGUCUCCCCUGAUGCCGAGCCCAAUGACAAGGUCACGGAGAAGGUGUCGGCACAGCCCAAGACGGAAUCUGACUACAUCUGGGACCAGCUCAUGGCCAAUCCGCGGGAGCUCAGAAUCCAAGACAUGGAUUUCACUGACCUGGGAGAGGAGGACGACAUUGACGUCCUGGACGUGGACCUGGGUCACAGGGAGGCCCCGGGGCUGCCUCCCCCACCCCCGCCCACCUUUCUCGGUUUGCCGCCCCCUCCCCCUCCACCCCUGCUGGACGGCGUGCCUCCCCCUCCAGUCCCCGGUAAUUUAUUGGCUCCUCCUCCAGUAUUCAGUGCUCCUCCUCAGGGCUUAGGGUGGCCCCAGGUACCCAGGGGUCAGCCAGCAUUCACCAAGAAAAAGAAGACCAUCCGUCUGUUCUGGAAUGAAGUGCGGCCUUUUGAGUGGCCGUGUAAGAAGAACGGCCGCUGCAGAGAAUUCCUGUGGUCGAAACUGGAACCUAUUAAGGUGGACACUUCCAAGCUGGAGCACCUGUUUGAGUCUAAAUCGAAGGAACUGGCUGUCUCCAAGAAAACUGCUGCAGAUGGAAAAAAGCAGGAGAUCAUCGUCCUGGAUUCCAAGAGGAGCAAUGCUAUUAAUAUCGGUCUGACGGUACUGCCCCCUCCAAGAACGAUUAAGAUAGCCAUUUUGAAUUUUGAUGAAUAUGCCUUAAACAAAGAAGGGAUUGAGAAAAUUCUAACCAUGAUUCCCACUGAAGAAGAGAAGCAGAAAAUCCAGGAAGCGCAGCUGGCCAACCCUGACGUGCCCCUGGGCAGUGCAGAGCAGUUCCUCCUUACACUGUGCUCCAUCAGCGAGCUCUCAGCUCGGCUCCACCUCUGGGCGUUCAAAAUGGAUUAUGAAACUACAGAAAAGGAAGUGGCAGAACCACUUUUGGACCUGAAGGAAGGAAUAGACCAGUUGGAGAACAAUAAAACCUUGGGCUUUAUCCUGUCUACUCUCUUAGCCAUUGGGAACUUUCUAAAUGGAACUAAUGCCAAAGCGUUUGAGUUAAGCUACCUCGAGAAGGUUCCAGAAGUCAAAGACACCGUGCACAAGCAGUCCCUUCUCCACCACGUGUGCACCAUGGUGGUGGAAAACUUCCCGGACAGCUCUGAUCUGUACUCAGAGAUUGGGGCCGUCACCAGGUCAGCCAAGGUUGACUUUGAUCAACUUCAGGAUAAUUUAUGUCAGAUGGAGAGACGAUGCAAAGCUUCAUGGGAUCACCUCAAGGCAAUUGCAAAACAUGAAAUGAAACCAGUUUUAAAACAACGAAUGUCAGAGUUCCUAAAAGACUGUGCAGAGAGAAUUAUAAUUUUAAAGAUUGUCCAUAGAAGAAUAAUUAACAGGUUCCACUCCUUUCUGCUCUUUAUGGGUCACCCACCUUAUGCGAUUCGGGAAGUGAACAUAAACAAGUUCUGUAGGAUCAUCAGUGAGUUUGCACUGGAGUAUCGCACCACCAGGGAAAGAGUUUUGCAGCAGAAACAGAAACGGGCCAACCACAGAGAGAGAAAUAAGACCCGAGGGAAGAUGAUCACUGAUUCUGGCAAGUUCUCCAGCGGUUCCCCGGCGCCCCCGAGCCAGCCCCAAGGCCUGAGCUAUGCCGAGGAUGCUGCCGAGCAUGAGAACAUGAAGGCUGUGCUGAAAACCUCGUCCCCUGCCUUGGAGGAUGCCACCCCCGUGCUGGGCGUCCGCACACGCAGCCGAGCAAGCCGAGGAUCCACUAGUUCGUGGACCAUGGGAAUGGAUGACUCGCCUAAUGUCACGGAUGAUGCAGCUGAUGAGAUCAUGGACCGCAUCGUCAAGUCAGCCACCCAAGUGCCCAGUCAGCGAGUGGUGCCGCGGGAGAGGAAGCGCUCCCGGGCCAACCGGAAGUCUCUGCGGAGGACCCUGAAGAGCGGUCUGACUCCGGAAGAAGCCAGAGCCCUGGGCCUGGUGGGCACCUCAGAGCUGCAGCUGUGACCCCCUGGUGCCCUAAGGUGUGUGCCCAUGCAGAGUGCAAGCUCCUGCUGGAAGGAACCCCUCCGGUGGGAGGUGAGGAGACUCUGACACCCAAAGGUUCUGAAAGGGGUGCCCAUGCCUAGGUGUCACCGAGUGACUUGUGUAGCCCGCUGUGCACUGAACAUGGAUCUUGGAGUCCCCUUCACAGACUUUCUUCAUCAUGUCAGCUGUGUUUCUCUUGUUUCCUUGACACCUGGCUUAGUAGUUCCAAAGCGUGACACCUUUUCUGUGCAAGGAACAUCCCUUUUAAGGAGCAAAUCACUUCUGUCACAGUAACUAUGGUCAUGAGGCAGUUUGAUUAGGUUCACAGACUGGGUCUCUCCAUAACACCAGAAUAUCCAGAUGUAAACUCCGAAAUUGUACACAAAAGAAAACACAGGUUGUCUACCAGUUGUGGAUUUUAGAUGUACUAAAUGUUUAUACAAAUUCAGAAAUGUACACCAUGUUUCAAAUACUAAAUAAAUAGAGUUUAAUGCCAUAACUGGAAAUUUUCAUUCUCCUGGUGCAGGACUUUAAACGGCUCCAUAGGCUAGCCCCCUUCUGAAUCAGCAAAACCUUUUCUUGGGUUCAUCAGAAGGACCGUGGCUCGGAAUGGCCUCCAGGCCCUUUGGGUUUCCUUUUUUUUGUUGUUAAUUGAGUGAGAAGCACUGACAUGUGCUCUUUGUAACUCCAGAUUAAUUAGGCAUCAAUCUUUGUGGCAGUACAAGUUAGCAAUAACCUCACGGGUAUUGUGUUACCCGUGUGCUUUGUUUUUGCUCCUUCGUGAUGUAGAAACAAAAAUUAGAGUAGCAUUUUAAAAAUCUGAACUGUUCUGCAACUCAUUCACUUGCUUGUUAUGUAAAAAUUCAUUUUCUCAAAAAAAUUUACCAAGUCACCAAAACAAAAUGAAAAUUUAAAGCUUUGCCUGCAGAGAACUUCAGAAGUGUUGUCCUGGGCACUCAAGUGCAGGUCAUCAGCAGCUCAGGUGUCCAGAGGGCAAGGCGCUGUGAGGAGCUCUCAGCAACUGAAGAGCCACGCUGAGGGGCCUGAUGCCCAGGUGGUGGCCAAGCCCUCCACAGAGACCCUCAGCCCAGGGUCACAUGGCUCCCUGUGAAGAAACUCUGCCUCUGAAAAUAGGGAAGGGUCAACAAUUGCAGCAGGUAUUCAAUGGGGGCGGUGCCAAAAGAUCAUCAGGUCACCAAUUCUAUCUGUGCCUUUUAAAAAAUUAAUUAAUUAAUUAAUUUUUUGGCUGUGUUGGGUCUUCGUUGCUGCACGUGGGCUUUCUCUAGUUGCAGCGAGUGGGGGCUGCUAUUCGUUGUGGUGCGCGGGUUUCUCAUUGUGGUGGCUUCUCUUUUUGUGGAGCACGGGCUCUAGGCAUGCAGACUUCAGUAGUUGUGGCACUCAGGCUCAGUAGUUGUGGCUCGUGGGCUCUAGAGCGCAGGCUCAGUAGUUGUGGCACACGGGCUUAGUUGCUCCGUGGCAUGUGGGAUCUUCCCAGGCCAGGGCUCGAACCUGUGUGCCCUGCAUUGGCAGGCAGAUUCUUAACCACCAUGCCACCAGGGAAGUCCCCUGUGCCUCACUUUCAAAACCUCUGUGACUGUGCAUUCCUGAAUCUGGGCAAAUGUGAUUUAGAGACAGGAUGCAGUCCUGUAGUCUAAAGAGCUAAAGAUAAUAUAUCCACCCCACAGGCUUCUGUGACUGUUCCCCCCAUCCCAUCUUCUGCAUCUCCACUAUCAGGGAGACAGGGAGCUCUUCCAAGCGGGCAUUUGUCAAAUAAUAUAUGAUGCAUGUGAGCCCCCCAGUCUGGAACCUACAAGAGUUAGGCCUGUAUAUUCCAGACAAUUGAGUUUAUUUAAUCACUUUAUUGAAAAGGGUGCAUAGAGUAUCAAUGUUUAUUUCCUUAUGGUUCUAAAUAACGUAUAAUAUUCUGCAUGUGAUUUAGUGGUUUAUGAGAGCCUCGGCACUGAAUAUGAACAUGGAAUAUCUGUAUCACUGGGGAUUGUGAUGGGCAAACAGAAGGAAGACGCAUUUUUUUUUUCACCAUUUAGUGAACAAAUACUUUGAUGCCCUUCCGGGGGCCCCUGGUGUUCUGCUGAGAGUUACUGCUUUAGAAUAAAAGGUCACAUUUGGAAGGAAGUGACUGAAUAAAUCUAAUGUUAAUUUUAUUUUAGGGAUUAAAAAAUUCUCAGAGGAAGUAAGCUAGGUCAACUAAUUUCUUGGUUACAGCUAGGUAAAGCGUGUCUCUUUUUAUUGGGAAUCGGUUUAGUAGUUUUUAGUGAAUCUGAAGGAUUUUUUUCUAUUGCUCACUUCCUCUCUCCUUGUCGCCACUCAUUCUGGCUGCCUCUAUUAGUGUUUUUAAUUCAAGAGGUUAAAUUUCUCUAAAAGACUUUUGAGAAGCAUUAAAGUGAAUGAUACUUCACACUUGUGAGAUGCUGUUGCUAAUUGUGCUGGUCACCACCAUAUAUAUUCUUGUGUCUAUUUCUUAAUCUGGGUUGAAAUUACAAAACUGCUGGUAAAGAAAGGCAAAUACUUUAAAGAUGCCUGGGUUUUGGUUUCUUUGGAGUCUUAAGGUUUUUACUUUCUAUUUAAAAAAUAACACUGAGGGAUUUGGGGAUGGAGGGGAGGGUGCACAAAGAUAUACCAUGCUUAUGGAUUGGAAGAAUACUGUUAAAACGACUAUACUACUCACGGCAAUCUACAGAUUCAUUGCAAUCCCUAUCAAAAUACCAAUGGCAUUUUUCACAGCAGUAAAAAAAAUAAUUCUAAAAUUUGUAUGGAAACACAAAAGACACUGAAUAGCUAAAACAAUCAUGAGAAAGAAGAACAAAGUUGGAAGUAUCACACGCCCUGAUUUCAAACUAUACUGCAAAGCUACAGUCAUCAAAACAGUAUGGUACUGGCACAAAAACAGACACAUAGAUCAAUGGAACAGAAAAGAGAGCCCAGAAAUGCCACACUUAUAUUGUCAUAAUUAAUCUACAACAAAGGAGGCAUGAAUAUACAAUGGGGAAAAUAUAGCAUUUUAAAUUAAUAGUGUUGGGAAAAUUGGACAGCUACAUGCAAAAUAAUCAACCUGGACUACUCUCACACCAUGCACAAAAAUAAAUUCAAAAUGGAUUAAAGAUUUAAAUGUAAGACCUGAAACCAUAAAACUUCUAGAAGAAAACAGGCAGUAUGGUCUUUGACUUUUUUUUUUUUUUUUUUGUGCUCAGGCAAGGGAAACAGAAUAAACAAAUGGGACUACAUCAAACUAAAAAGCUUUUGCACAGGGAGAGAAACUAUGAACAAAAUGAAAAGACCACCUACUGAGUGUGGGAAGACAUUUGCAAACAAUAUACCUGAUAAGUGGUUAAUAUCCAAAAUAUCCAAAGAGCUCCUGCAGCUCAACAUAAAAAAAAGAAAAAAAACCUGAUUAAAAAAUGGGCAGAGGGGACCUCCAUGGUUGUCCAGUGGCUAGGACUCCAUGCUUCCAAUGCAGGGGGUGCAGGUUCGAUCCCUGGUUGGGGAGCUAAGAUCCCACAAGCUGCAUGGCAUGGCCAAAAAUAAAUAAAUAACAGUUUAAAAAAAUGGGCAGAGGACCUGAAUAGACAUUUUUCCAAAGAAGACAUACAAAUGGUCAAUAGGCACCUGAAAAGAUGCUCAACAUCACUAAUCAUCAGACAAGUGCAAAUCAAAACUACAAUGAGAUAUCAUCUCAUACCUGUCAGGAUAACUAUUAAAAAAAAGACAACAGGGGCUUCCCUGGUGGCGCAGUGGUUGAGAGUCCUCCUGCCGAUGCAGGGGACACGGGUUAGUGCCCCGGUCUGGGAAGAUCCCACAUGCCGCAGAGAGGCUGGGCCUGUGAGCCAUGGCCGCUGAGCCUGCGCGUCCGGAGCCUGUGCUCCGCAACGGGAGAGGCCACAACAGUGAGAGGCCCGCAUACCGCAAAAAAAAAAAAAAAAAAAAGAUAUACCCUAAAAAAGACAACAAAUAAGUAUUGGGGAGAAUGUGGAGAAAAGGGAAACCUUGUUGCUGGGAAUGUAAAUUGAUGUAGCCACUAUGGAAAACAGUAUAUAGGGUCCUCAAAAAAUUAGAAGUAGAACUACCAUAUGAUCUAGCAACUCCACUUCUGGGUAUUUAUCUGAAGAAAACAAAAACGCUAAUUAGAAAAGAUAUAUGCACCCCUAUGUUUAUUGCAGCAUUACUUACGAUAGCUAAAAAUAUAGAAGCAACCUAAGUUCCCAUCAAUAGAUGAAUGAAUAAAGAAGAUGUGGUAUAUAUAUAUAUAUAUAUAUAUAUAUAUAUAUAUAUAUAUAUAUAUAUUCACACACACACACAAUAGAAUGUUACUCAGCCAUAAAAAAAGAAUGAAAUCUUGCCAAUUGUGACAACAUGGAUGGACCUAGAGGGUAUUAUGCUAAGUGAAAUAAGUUAGACAGAAUGACAAAUACCAUAUGAUUUUACUUUAAUGUGAAAUCUAUACAUGAAAACAAAUGAACAAACAAAACAGAAACAGACUCAUAGAUACAGAGAACAAACAGGUGUUUGCCAGAGGGGAAGGAGUUGGGGGAAGGAGAGAGAUAGGUGAGGGAAAUUAAGAGGUACAAACUUCCAGUUAUAAAAUAAAUGAGUCACAGGUAUGAAAUAUACAGUGUGGGGAAUAUAGUCAAUAAUUACAUAAUAUUUUUGUAUGGUGACAGAUGGUAACUAGACUUGUGAUCAUUUUGAAAUGUAUAGAAAUAUUGAAUCACUGUGUUGUACACUAGGAAAAAACUAACAUGGUGUUAUAGGCCAAUUAUACUUCAAAACAAACUCUUAGAAAAAGAGAUCAGAUUUGUGGUUACCAGAGGCAGCAGGUGGGGGGAGGAGGAAUUGGAUGAAGGCAGUCAAAAGGUACAAACUUCCAGAUAAGGUAAAUAAGUCCUAGGGAUGUAACGUACAUGAUAAAUAUAAUUAACACUGCUAUAUAUUAUAUAUGAAGUUGUUAAGAGAGUAAAUCCUACGAAUUCUUAUCACAAGAAAAAAAUACUUUUUUUCUGUUUCUUUAAUUUUGCAUCUAUAUGAGAGGAUGGAUGUUCACUAAACUUACUGUGUAAUCAUUUCAUGAUGUAUGUAAGUCAAAUCAUUAGGCUGUAUACUUUAAACAUACACAGGGCUAUAUGUCAAUUAUAUCUAAAUAAAACUGGAAGAAAAUAAAGAUAUUCCACAGAGGAUUGGUGCAGCACAUUAAAGGUAUGGCAUUAAAUCCACCACGAGGUAAGUAGGACACCUUCUGUUCCUCUGUGAGCGGCAGGCUUUCUUGGACUGCGAUAGGUCACUGCAGUACUUGGACUAUUCAGUUGGCCUAGCUAAGCAGAGGCCUUGGCUAUUGCUCUUUCAGAAAACAGACCAGAAGUCUCAUUUUCCUUCAGAGAGACCCUGCCUAGAAAUGCUUUUUAACCCUGUGCUGCUUUCUGGGAGGGGGGUUCCACAGGGUGACAGCCAGACACUUCUGGGCACAGCAGUGGGCUAGGAGACAGAAGCAGUCACCCCUUCCAAAAAACAUUUGAAUUGAGUACCCAAUGGAAAAAUUAUAUUUUUGUAAACCCCAAGUUUCAAAUAAGAAUCUAAAAUGUUGCUAUACAGAAAGAGAUGGAUGCCUGGGCAAGCUUUUGUAGCUGUUCUAUCCAGCCUCAGAAAAAAAUGGUGUCCUUGAUGGUAUGCUGAUUUAGGUCAUUUUGACUGGAGCUCAGCACACAGCAGCUGGUGGUAGACCUGGCUACAGAAUUAGAGGAAUUCAACCAACAUCAGAGCGCUUCUUGGCUCAGAACAUUAGGCCUAAGAUUGGAAGUGACAAGGGAAUAAAGGAGUCCAUUCCCAGUGUAAACCAUCCUCAGAUAUGCAGUCUCAGUGGAAAAUGGGCUCUGAUCUAGAAGCCCGUCAGUAGGUGGUAUAAAAAAACAACUUGUCUAUCUAUGGAAGAAGAACUUGUCCUGAAAUUUGUAAAGGUUACAGAAGUUUAAACAACUUCCUAAAUCAACAUCUGUAAAUGGAAGUUCACCUUUGGGUUAAAUUAAGCUUUAUAAGCUUGUGUUUAUAGAAGAAUGUUGUAAGACUAAUUUUUAAAUUUGUCUUGUGCUUGAUUGAAUUUUUCCUAUUAUUGAUAUUAUAAUAUUCAAGGUGAUUUCCCAUUUUUUUAAAUGGCCAAAAACAUGAUUUGUGAGGAUGGUAAUUAAGGUCACAGCAGUCUGUUUUAGAAUCACAUGUUUAAAGGAAAACAGUUUUUCUUAUUAAGUUGUUCAACAAGCCUAUAUUCUAGAAUCCCAACACUCUGUCUAGAACCUGUGUGGCCAUGGUCUAGAGCCACCUAUGGGAGCAGGUGUGCCUCAGGAACCACCAGAGAUUUAAACAGAGAUCCUCAAGUGUAAUCUGUGUCUCCAUCUCUCCCAAGGGAUGACAUCAUUUAAAGAAAAAACAGUUUAAAGGUAUAAAGUUGGGAACUGGAGCCUUGGUAAAGGUAAGCUGUUUUCCCAGAGGUUUAAUCUUGCCCUUAAUAGAUUGUCCCUCACUGUGCAGCUUUUGCUUGAGGGACGAGGUGUCUGUGUUGGUCUUGAACUAUUCUGAGGGCUGUUUGUGUCCCUGCUCUGGUUGCUCUCCGAGGUAUUCUUUGCCACUCUUCAUGCUGUGAAAAAAGAAAAAGGUAACUGAUCUGUAGAGGAAGAGAAAGUGAUUUGAGAAAUGUGACUUCUUGAGCGAUUACUUCUGAACUUGGGAGUGUGUUCUCAGUCAGGCCCACCUGCUUCCUGGGAGGGCAGAGGAGAUGAACUGCUUUAAGAUGUAGAAAAUUUGCACCUUCAUUUACCUCAGCUUUCCAUCCUGGAGACCGUGCAGAGCCCUAGAGGCUGAGCUGCUCCCGGGCCGUUGGCUACAAUGUGGGGCAAAGGCCAGAACCCACACUGGCCACUCUGCAGCCAGAGAAAUGGGCCCUUUUCCAAGGUAUGCAGUGGCAUGCUGACUCAUCCCUGGCCUUCCAUGUGAGCCAGGGGUUGUAAAAAUAAAGGAUGAAAGGAUGCUGUAUCUUAUAAAAGUAUAUUAAAUCGAGUAAAUGUCCCUGUUCUUUGUUGAAUAUAGCAUGUUAUGAAAGGGCUUUGCAGCAGUUAUUCUGAGAUUUGUUAUGUAAAAACAAGGCAUGUGUGGUCUAAGACAGGGCUGCCCAAUAGAACUGUGAUGAUGGAAAUGUUCUAUAUGUGCCCUAUUCCAAUACGGAAGCCACUAGACAUACAUGAUUAUGCAACACUUGAAAUGUGACUAGAGAGACAAGCAGAAUUUUAUUUACGUUUAAUGGCUACCUGUGGUUAGUCACUACUGUACAGUACUGGAUAUCACAGGUCUGAGAGAUCACAUCUUUUUAUGUACUUUGUUGCUGUUUAUUCAUUUUACAAAAAGGAAGUUUUUAUGUGAAAUUGUGUAUAGAAUUGCUUUGGACUGCUGUUCUAUCAAGAACUUAAGUACAGUGUCUAAGAAGCUAUGUCCAUUGCCUGCCUACAUUGUGCCCUGAGCCUUGAGAGUUCUUGUCCUCAGUGGAGAAUUCUGUGAUUGAUGUUCACUGCCAUGAGAUACGCACUCUUCUCUCCCUACACACCCCACCUAGAGGAUGCGCACUCCCCUCAGCAGAGUCCACAUCAAGGCUGUAUGCGUGACCCAGUGAUAUACGCCAUGGCCAAGAACACAUCUCCAACAGCUAAAUCCACCCUGUA